AUGGAAAGAACUUGUGAAAAUUUUUCUCAAGAACGAUUUUGGUUUGAUUUAACGGCAAAACUUGAUAUUGAUGUUUUCCCUCUCAAGUCUCCUCUUGACCCUCCCGCUCCCAAAGACGAAUAUCAAGCAGCGAUUGCCAAAGCCAAAGCAACUGAAUACACCAAGAAAGCUCGCCAAGCCGCCUACGUAUCUGCGGAACAAGUGCAAAAAACAAGAAGAAGAUUGGGUAAAACGGCCAUCUCAAUCAUUAAAACCGUCCAGGAGGUAGCGGGUGCAAUUAGUAAGGCUUAUGUAAAUCAAGGUCAACGAUCUGCAUUGACCAACAACAACGUAAAGCUUCGACUCGGAAUUGCGCUUUUCAAUGCGGGCAUGGAAAAAAAGCCUUACUAUAAUGACGAAUAUGAAAAAUAUGCUUUGGGUCAACAAGAGGAGGAGCCUGUUGAUGCCGAAAAUGAUGGGGUCACACGUCCACUGCACCGAAGCGAGGAAGUUGGAACUUUACCGAUGGGUUUUGUGGAUGAAACUAAAAUAUGGAAAACAAAAUUAGA